AUGGGUACAUUUACAGAUAAAGUUGGCUAUGAAAAUAAAUAUCUUGAAGGAACUUAUGUUGCAAUUUUCAUUCUUUUGGUCAUUUGGGCGACAUUAUUGUUGUUUUCGGAAUUCAUUCGUAGAAGGCGUGUCCUUCCAUCUUCUAAUAUAAGGUUCGAUACCGGUAUUGUGAGUCACGAUACGAUCGCGGAUCAAAUGGACAAUCGUUACGCGAAAGUUAUUAAUGCUGCGAGAGAUUCUGUGUGGAUGCUUCUUAUCGCAACUGUUGUAACUCAAACAGGUUAUGGUGCGACUGCGGCUUCUAUUAUUCUUUCUUGGAUCUUUAUGGCUAUAUCCAUUUGUUGGAUCCUUUCUAUUUUAUUCUUUGAUCACAUGUGGUUACCUUUAGUCCUCCAAGCCAUUGCAUUUCCUUUCAUUCUCGCAAUCUUUGCUUUAGCAUUUCGUCCGUCUGAAAAAGGUUAUUCUCUUCCUCAACGUCCUCGUGCGAAAUUCAUUGGCUAUGAUAAUUUUGGUCAGCAAUUGUUGUAA